AUGCAGUCCAUUCGCCAACAGAUGCCGCGCGCCGUCCGCGCAUUCUCCACCUCUGCUCCUCGCCCUCUCGCCAAGAUGCAACUCAUCGGCCGUCUCGCGGCGCCCGCUGAAGCUACUCCCACAUCAACUGGUCGCGAGGUCAUCAAGUAUGCUCUUGGUGUCAGCCAAGGAGGCAAGAAUGAGAACGGCGAGCGCGCCGUCAGCUGGUUCCGGAUUGCGAGCUUCGCCGAGGGCGCACAAAAGGAUCUGCUGCUGAGUCUGCCAAAGGGCACCCAGCUCUACGUCGAAGCAGAAGCACGUAUGGACAGCUACACAGCUCAAGAUGGUACUCAGCGCACAUCGCUCAACCUUCUAGCACGCAACUUCGAGGCUCUAUCCCGCCCUCAGAACCGAGGUGAAGGGAGUGGCGAGGCCAGUGGAGAGGCUGCUUCGGCAUAAAUGAACAAUGCUCGGCGCGCCAGUCUAAGACGGCAAUAUGGUUUCGAUACAGGAAGCUCUUCUUCAGAAUCAACACCACGACUUGAAGUAUUUUCAUUUGUAUUGCAGGGUUACUGCUAUUUGCGACAGCGAGGGACCUUUUGGCACAGUGCUACUCAGCACACGCGUGAACAAGAAUCGGAAUUUAUGAUGUGUGUAAGAGAUUUGUUGUAUACCAAUUUGCCAUGCUUUUUCUACAUCUUGCCCGUCCAGUCGCCUCCCUAGCUCACCACGAGUU